AGUGCGUGAUAGUGAGUCCCAAGCGUCGGCCAACAUUGACAUGCAUUGGCAAUUCUGCCUGUCGACCUGCAGUCUGCGCAUGUAGGCGACGGUCACAAGAUGGAUGCAGAUUUCAUGAAAACAUCCUUGCUGGACACAGUCAUUCCUGAAGACACAACCACUGAACUGUCCAAGUUACUGGAAUCGCAUCUGAAUGGCUCAAAUGAUUUCACGCGACUACUGCCGUUGAAGGAAAGAGACACUUUAUUCUUUGACGAAAGAUUGAGGGCGUUAGCUGUGCUACAGGUGCCACACUGCGAUGAGGAUGUCUUGAAAUCGUAUCUUUCACGCCUCUCAUACAAAGUCGAUGUGUGGGCCAUCGACGAGUCAGUCAACAAUGGACCAGCCACGGUUGCAUCGACUCCGCAAAGAGACUUGAUAUUCUCACAUGAAGCUAUCCAGAAAAACGAGCCUUUGGUUCUUGCCAGCCAGUCCACGGACAGUGAUCGCGAUUUGACCCUGAUAUGGGAGAUUGAGAUCGCUCUACACCGACCAAGAUUCCGCGUUUCACAGCCGAGCAUUGUUUUCGUACCUUCGGCGACUGUCAGCUCUUUUCAAGAUCAUCAUCAGAACCCGGCAGACCUGACACCCUUCCGACCACUCGAAGCAAAUGUUCUCGAACCCAUGCGCUUCAUUCCGGGGCUUCAACGAAACCCGCCAUAUCUAGCUGCCUCAAGGCUAGAGAGGGUGCUACCCGUGACUGCCACACAUAAGCAGAGGUAUCACAUAGCGCACGUUCCUUCAAGGCGAUACAGAGCAGUUCCAGCCGCCAUUGCUAGAGUUCGAUAUCAGAGGGUCAAUACGCUGAUACCCACACCCACCAACAUUGCCUUGCUAGACGUGGAGAUUGUUCCUUUCGUGCAGAUUGACGCCUCUGUACAAGACGUUCAUCUCGACUUGAAACACGGACGGGCUGAAUCAAUCAUGCCCGAAUUCUUCCCUAUGCAGUGUCAAUCUGGCGAGUGCCUUACCUUCAUACACAAACUCCAUCAGGAUAUCAAUACAGCGGAAAUACCGCUUGCUAACCCCAAUAUCGAUGUGCUUUCCGUGAAGAUCCAGUUACAAGUCCAUUCGAGUGACAUCUGCCGACCACUCAUCUCGAUGGACUGGACAACCCACGUCGACUUUACACAGGCCCUUAACCCUUCGUUUGGCCCCCCUUCACAGCCGAUUCAGAGACCAAAUCGACCGACAAGCCUCCCGGUCAAUAAUGGAAAUGACUCCUCUGGCCCCGUUUUGCUGAACGGUACAAGCUUGCAGCCAACAUCUGAUGUCCUGUCACGAGAUGGCCUUUCACUUUCAUUCACAGCCUCGCAUCCGCCUGUCAUCAUUGGAGAACCGUUUACGUGGAAGGUUCUGGUAGUCAACAACUCGUCAAAAGCAGCUAAACUCACGGUCAUACCGUUGCCGCGUAUUCAGAGACAAAACAGCCAAGCACAGUCCAUGGCAAAGCGACAUGCGCCAAAGUCCUCCACUGCAUCUUUCCAUCCUAGCGAGAGACGACACACGAGGGACAAAGACGACGUGGAUGUUGCUCAAGCCAUUGUGGACGAAAAUGUCGUUUACGCCAUGCAUCAUGCGAACGUGGUGCCCCCAGAGACCGACCUCAUGGCCCUGACUGCCGAGUUGAGGAUCGGACCUCUGGCACCCGGGCAGUGUCACGAAAGCGAGAUCCAGAUGAUUGCUUUCGAAGCUGGCUCGCUUAAAGUGGAUGCUAUGAGAAUUGUGGAUUUGGUCAAAGAGGCCGAAGAGGGGAGUGGUGCUCUGGGUGUGGUUGUCGACAUCAAGGAUCUGCCCGAUAUCGUGGCCGUCAGGCGCGCGGAUGAGGAAUCGUAGCAUAAACGAUCGGUCACAAGUAGAGUCUUGAGGGCACACAUCUCGCUGCUGAGUACACCAGCGUAGAAAGAGUCCUGCAUAUUGUGCUUGCUCGGACGUCUUUGAUGUCCGUACGCAGGAAAUAUAAUUUUAUAUUUUGACGACGUUUA